AUGUUAGCCACGGGGCGGCCGCAGCAGCAGGUACACGAGCGCGCGUACACAGAGCGGCAGCAGCAGCCUGGCGAUGAAGGCACCAACACUGUCAGCACGAGCAACAUCGGCAGCAGCCCAAAGUGCUUCGUGAUUGUGUACAAUGUAGCAAAGAAGCACAACAUUGGGACACUCCUGCGCAGCUGCACAGCCUUUGGCGUCGCACAGGGCCAGGGCCUGAGCGAGAAGCAGAUGCGGCUCUGCGACGCCUUCGUCUACAUACCGCAGUACGGCGCGGGCACCGCGUCCCUCAACGUGACGGUGGCGGCCUCCAUCAUAUUGCACCACUUCGCGCUGUGGGCGGGCUACGCAGAGCGCGGCCGGGAGGGCGCCAAGUACGUCGUGGCGGAGCGGCCGCAGCGCACGUCGGCGCGAGGUGUCGUGCCCUUGACCGCAGAGGAGCGUGCCGCGCUGCAAAAAGCGCGGGCGUCGGCGCUCGAGGACGGUCGCGAGUGGAUGGAGGACGCCAUGGGCUGCGGUGGCGGCCUGGACGGCGUGUUGGAGGCGCUGGCGGCAGAAGGGGUGGAUGGGGGUGUUGUGGGGCCUAUGAUUCAAGGUGGUGGUUGA